AUGGAACGAGGGUACAGUUUACAGUGCGAUCAGUACAAUGGGAUUCUGUCUCUUGUUCAGCAGCAGAAGGUACUUUGGGUUACAAAUAGUAUAAUCACUGCACUUAAGUCUCCACAUUUAUUUGCUUAUUUUUGUUAGUCACUCUUGGAAGAGCUUACUAUGUGUUUGAGUUUGAAGAGUACUGUUGCAUGUAAUCUUAGAAUUAUGAAAUGAUAAUGUACAUGUACUAGCCUGUGUUGGUGCAUUGCUUUUCUGGUUUCUUGAAUUGGGCUUUUUAUUCCAGUACCACAGUUCUCAAAGUGGAUUGAGUUUCUUCUCAUUAAGAGGAAUUUUUUGCUUGUUUGACAAUUUGUGUCCAUCUUGAUCACUCCUGUUCAAAGGUUCCACAUGGAUCCUUAGAACUGACUGGGUUUUUUGAACUGUUUCUUUUUUUUUUUAAUUUUGAACAGAAUGCAAAUGCUUCAGCUUCUAAAAAAGCAAGUAGCAGUGCAGGUCGUAGCAAGCUUCAACCACCUGCUGUGGAUGGGGUAUCUGUGGCCUCUCUUGAUGAUAACAGCAUGGAUGAUUCUGAGGUGAGGCCUUCCUUAAACAGAGUCAAUAUCUGAGAAAAUUAAAACAGAUUGCAGCUUGUGAAAUCAGGACAUUUGUUAUGAGAUGUCUUGUGUUCACAGCCACUUGUGUGAAAUUACCAUUUAAAUAAAGUUAAUUCUGAAAAUCUCCAUCUUUUUGGUAUAGAUGGCUAAAGUUUUAAGUAUUCAAAGAAGAGGUGCAGAAUUUUCUCUGGUCAAAUUAGCACAUCAUUUUGGAAGCUUGCUACCAUCAAAGUUACCCAAACUGUGGGAGGCAGUUGUGGGGCCUUUACAGCAGAUAACAAAUGGAAAUUCAUUUGGUGAGUACUGCACAUGGGCUCAUUGAACUUGAGUCAGGGGAUUUCAUACUUAAGGAUAUUUAAAAGCAAUUAAAUGAUUUUGCUUGAUUUGAGUGUUAGCAGAAUACUUUUGAAAUUUGUUAUUAGUGUUACUGUAGUUUGGAGUAGUGGUGUAUCUUGUAAAGAUUAUUCCAUGGAAAGUGCGCACAAACACAUUUAUUCCCAAGUUGUGAUGCAUCAAUUUCAUACAUACUGAGAUAUUUUUCAUACGGACCAUUGAAGAUUGGAGGCGAGCAACUGUGAUAAACAAUAGUACAGAGGAAAUUCCUCGAGCCACUCAUGGAAGUCUAGCUUACAUGUUUGACUUUUGAAAUGAUACAACUAAUGUGUCACGAGAGAGACUGAAUAGUAUAAUGUAGAAUUCUAAAGCAUUAAAGAUUAGGACAUAUUUACCUCAAUUCUUAAAUAUCUCUUUUCAUGUUCUUAUUUUCUUUUUGUCCUAGAUCCUGACAAACUUAUUGGUCUGGAUAAUGAAGCCCAAAAUCUGAUAAACUGCUUACAAGUUCUUGAAGUAUUGACACCUGCAAUGCAUGUGGAACUCUUAUCUAAGGUAACAUUGAACACUACCAGCAACUUUCCUCAUUUUGGGUUUUCUCAGUGAGCUUGCAUAUAGUGCCAUUUGGAAAGGAGGUCUUCACAAGAUGUUGUGCUCUUUCCCUCUAGUGGUUACAAUGGCUUUGAUAUUCUUAUCAACAUGAAGUAAACUAGUCCUAAUCUUUAUUUUUGCCUUUUAGAUUUUAGAUUUGCUCCCCAAUAUAGUACUGUGCCUUCAGCACCCUUACAGUGCAGUGCGACACUUGGCAGCCAGGUGCCUGGGUGUGCUGUGCACUGUGUCCACUGAAGAUACCAUGAAGACAGUGGUAAAGGAUAUCUUACCACUGAUGGGCACUGCUGAUGUUAUCAGGAACCGACAAGGAGCUAUAGAAGCUAUAUCUUGUAUCCUUAAAAAGCUGACAACAAUUGUUAUGCUCGAGAAAGUUAUCGUAGGGCACCAAAACUAAUGCAGAAAUGACGUUUCCGUCUAAAUUUAGCAUAUAUUGGCUGUGUACAGAUGUGGUAUGAAUGAUUCAAUUAAAGAAAAAUUUCAGGUCGGAGGAUUUUUGGUCGUGUCACAAUAAGAUUUACCUGUUUCCCCCACCCCUUUAGCUUUGUAGUAUUCUUAUUACUCCCCUCCCCCCCUUCAUUGGCAGUUAAUUUUCCAUAGUCCCCUAUAGACUGAUCCUUCCUCAAUUCCCCCAGAAAACCGAGUGAUCCCUCCUAAAAUCCUCCCCCUUAUCCACGCCCCCGACGAUAAAUGGUGACUGGUCCAUUUCUGCUCGCCAUUUUAGAGUGAAGCUUAUUUUCGCUGUGUUUUCACUAUACACACAUAUGUUGGUAUCCUUAACUGGUUGCUUUACAUCAGGUGUAAUUGAUCGGCUCGGAAUGGGUGCGGUGCCUUACGUUGUUCUCCUGGUUGUGCCUGUGCUCGGACGGAUGAGUGACCAGUGCGAAGAUGUUCGACUCAUGGCCACAUACUGUUUUGCCACACUUAUUAGGCUUAUGCCUCUUGAGGUAUUUAGGUUAACUUGUAGUUUUAGUAGUUUUAAGUCUUUCACUUUGACAAUGACUGAGCGCAUUACCAUGCUACAUUUUACGCAGCUUGCUAUUGUCUGCCUUGUCUUUUAUUUUGUCGGAAUAUACCCUGUCCAUCUAAGCGAGAGGUUUGACAGAAAUGUCAUUGUUUAAUGUCAUGGUUUGAUGGUCCGUGUACAUCAUCUUUGUCGUAAUGUUCUUGGUUGGAUGACACCUCUAAUGGGAACGGAGGUAAAAGAACAAAGAGGACAUAUAUCUCACAACUUGAGAUUUUUAUGUGAUUCAUACUGAAGUGUUCGUAAUUUUAUUUCGACGGAGCUAGGAUAGAAAGACAUGCAGUCCUAAACUGGAACUCUUUGACUAUUUUAUUAGUUCCUUAAGUCUAUAUUCAUUUUCCCUAAUUUUCAACUGUUGUUUUCUUGAAGUCUGGUAUUCCUGACCCACCCCGCAUGUCCAAAGCUAUGGUGGAGCAAAAGCAGAAGGAACGAAAAUUUCUGGAGCAACUUUUGGACGGUAAAAAGGUGGAGAAUUACACUAUUCCUGUUCCUAUCAAAGCUGAGCUGAGAAAAUAUCAACAGGUAGGGUGCUACAGGAAAACAGCGGAAAGAAAGCCUUUAUUCAUGUUGGAAUUAUGAACUAGUGAUCUGUAUUUGAAAUGACAUAUUGAACGGUGUGCGACGAGGGUAGCUUGUCUCCCAUCGAAGGUAGCACACAGUCUGCCGAAGCUCACUAUCAUUUACAGAUUUGAAGGGUGAGGGAACAGUUGGCAUAAAGUGCAAUUUAAACUGCAGCAUUUAGAAAACGUAUCUAUUUGAUUUCAUUAAAGCCGAGAUAAGUCUACCAAAACUCAGUGAUGUCGGGCAUCUUGUUGGGAAUGCUCAGAUGUUUUUUCAGUGUGAAGAAUAAUGGGCAUUGCUAGUGUCAUCUGUUUGAGUUUCUUCUACUUUGUUCAUAUUUAGGAUGGUGUCAACUGGCUGGCCUUUCUCAACCGUUACAAGCUGCAUGGUAUUCUAUGCGAUGGUAUCCUUCAUUACUUUUCCUUUUAAAACUUCGGCCCAAAUUAUUCGCGUACAUAAUUGACUCAUUUUCAUGUCACUAUAAAUUGCGUUCCAAGACCUCCUAAUGAUUGCAGAGUGCUGGAGGAGUUGAGUAAAGAACAGCACAGUUGAGUUCAGUUAAAUUCGAUAAAUCGGAAUAGCUCCGUCUGUUUUUUGGAUUCGAUUUGUAUCUUAACAGUGGGAUCAGACAUGGGACUUGGUAAAACUCUUCAGUCUAUUUGUAUCAUAGCAGGUGAUCACCAUGCAAAAGCUACGGUAUAUAAGGUACAGUAUUCGACUCCCAGGCAACGGAUCCAGUCUGGAUAAAGAUUGAAGUUGUCUUUUCCUUCUGGUUUCCUUAUUAGGGAGUGACAAGAGAUUAUCUUUAUUCUGGCAAAAUGUAGCAAUAACCAAGUCAAAAAGUUCUGCUCUAGGUUGAUUUUGCAAAUGAUCAGGAAUUCCAAAAAAAAAAGAGAAACAAAACAAAACAAAACAGAGGAAAGAGUACUGUACUAAAAUGUUCGUUCCAUGUUUGCCGUGAUUAUUCAGAUAAAGUCCUCUACGUUCUCUUACGGUUUAACGCUACCAUAUGAUGGCCACUUUCUGCUGCCAAACUUCUGGUCUUUUUUUUGUUUUAAGGUGAUGAGCCCCAUUAGGUGCACGUAGUAAUUUAAACUAUUCGCACAUAGGAAUGGGUCCAGUGUUAGAUCGAAUUCAAAUCAGUAACUACAUCGCGGGACAAAAGUGAGUGAACUUUCAAUCGUGUGAAUCACAGUUUCGACAUUUCUCUCUUUUUUCUGCACCGAAUAGGAGACGGGUAAUAGUGAUUGCAAACCUUUGCCUUCUCUCGUGAUUUGCCCACCAACACUAACAGGACAUUGGGUGUACGAGGUGGAGAAGUUUGUUAACAAAGAUUUCCUUAAACCGUUGCACUAUACAGGCCCGCCGUCUGAGAGACAGAGGUUAGUCCUGGGACUCUGUUUGGUGUUCGCUGACGGUGUGCAUUGCUUUCUAAGAAGUACAGCAAGUUGUUUGGUGUGUGUACAAAUACAAGUGUAGUUGAAAAUUCUGAGCGAGUAGUUUGAGGGGAAAUUUAAUAGUUAUAUUCGUGACUCUACGUAGAGGAAUAACUAUACCAGUUCUUGAACUGUUAGGAAAAGUGACGCCUGUAGCAACCCGCGGCUAUGAUUAUUGUCCAAUUCUUAUUUAAAGUCUAUUAGAAUUUGUUCCCCUUUACUCGGCCACUGAAAGCGAGAGACAGGUUCAAUAGGAACUUACCGAUCAAACUACACCCGUAGAACCUCAACAUUCGACCACUGAAAAUAAUUUUUCUUCUUUUCUCUUCUUAGACUUCGUAACAAGGUCAAAGAUCACAGUUUAGUCGUGGCAUCGUACGAUAUUGUAAGAAACGAUGGUGAAUUCUUCAGGUAAGGAGAGUUACCGAAGGGUAAAUAAAAAUACACAUUGUUAAGGCACAGCAGAUAUUUCAACGGAAUGUCUCGUUUGUUUCGUCCUAACAGAUCAGUGCACUGGAACUACUGUGUCCUUGACGAGGGCCACAUUAUAAAGAAUGGUAAAACAAAGGUAGAUUACGUCUUGGUGUUUCCUCUAGAGAGCAAACGUUGAGGAGACCUGACAGGAAAAAAAAAACUGGUCGAGACGAAGAUAUCGUUUAUUUGGCAUUCUCUAUAUGUUAUCUCUCUGACAGAACUUAAACAGGUUUUCUUUUUUAUCAUUGAAGUUUCAUUGAUGGUUAUUGCUUGAGAAUGAUUUCGAAUCGUCUGAAAUGGAACGGUAGCGAUGUAGUCCAGUAUUCAAAUUAAAGGCGGACGGUAAGAAGUUCCUACAAGUAUCAGCCCCUUUGAGCAGUUAGGACGGAAUCGUAAACAAGCUCUUUGUAAUGCAUCGUCAUUGAUGUCGACAUUGGUCGUGGUGGGUGGCUUAAGAUCCAGUUUUUCAAUUUGAUUUUUUUUGUCUUUCCUUCUAGCUUGCUAAAGUCAUUAAGCAGCUACGAGCCAGUCAUCGACUUAUACUCUCGGGAACACCAAUUCAAGUACGAAUUGAGGGGCUUUUAUUAAGCAAAUGAAGCUAUGCGAUUUAAAUAUGGGGAGAUGACUAGUCAAUGCACCAACAGUUGUUCCACAUGUAGAUCCUAAAGUCCUCUUCGUUUACAAACAAAGAAGUGGAUAAAUGUUUUCCUCUGCCUCGUAUACUGUUAGGAAAUGUCAGCAGCUUCUGUCGAACGGCAAAAUGUUGUUCAUGUUUCUGAAAUAUUGUGCGUCACAACAUUAAAAAUGAGACAAUUGAGACAUUGCUCGUUCUAAUGUGUCGUUCAUUUUGGUUUCAUUCUCACCAUACUUCUUUGUUAUGAAUUAUCUUUCCGUAUAGUAGCGUAAUUUUGUAGUUUUUUGUAUGGCUUUACUUCGUUCAGUCUUGUAAAGAUUUGAUACGGUGCGUUACGUUGAAAUGCUUAUGUUUUAUUUUCAGAAUAAUGUCCUGGAGCUGUGGUCAUUGUUUGAUUUCUUAAUGCCUGGUUUUCUCGGAAGUGAAAAGCAGUUUCAGUCUCGGUUUGGUAAACCAAUUCUACAGAGUAGAGACGCAAAAUCGUCCUCUAAGGAACAAGAAGCUGGUGAGUGUCCGUGAAUUGAGUACUAAGUAGCUAACACAAAGCCUGCGUGGCUUUUGGUCCGUGAUGAAAAAUAAGGCAGUAGAAACAUUUAAAUGAACGUCAGAGCUCCAAUCCUCUUUCCGCCACUCAAGAGUUCCACGAAGCCGCUAGUUACAUGUGUUAGCCACUUCAGCAGCCUAAAAUUCGGCUUAACUUUUGUUGAACAAAAAGGACAAUAGAUGUUGUGCCCCACCAGAAAAAAAGUGAAACCAGCCCCUGCAAGACGCUCUCGCUUUUCAGCUAUCAUAGAAAAUGUUGGAUGGUUUUACCCUUGAUUUUCCGCCGGCUUCACCCUUUUUAUUCCAAAGACCACGCCCUAAAGAAAGCGAGUUGUCCCUCCUCGGUAACGAUUUGGUAAAUAAGUAGAAAAUGGAAGGUCCUCUAGGAGUAGACUGUUCGCCUUUCAGUAAGAUUUCAAGGCGUUGUGGAUCAUAAAUGAGGUGAUACCGUGGUCUGUAUUGACACAUGUGUCCCAUUCUUAGGGGCCUUGGCUAUGGAGGCCCUUCAUCGUCAGGUUUUACCAUUCCUAUUGAGGCGCCUGAAAGAAGAUGUACUGCAAGAUCUUCCACCUAAGAUCAUUCAAGAUUACUACUGUGAACUGAGUCCGCUACAGGUCAGUCUGUUGUUAUGGCCAACAAUCAAAGUGCGCACUGGGGCGAUGUAUAAUGGUUUUCGACAAUACUUGAUAGUUGUCGACAGGAUAUGAAUAUUCAAGCAGCUGUGCGAAAGUUUCAAGGAUCUCCACCUUGUAUUUAGUGGUAUUUUUUUUGGAGAAUUUCCGAAAAUUGCCCUCCAGAUCGUUCCUCUCACUCAAGAAAAAUGUUUUUUCGUUUUACAGGUUCAGUUAUAUGAAGACUUCGCCAAGUCUCAGGUCAAGAAAGGUUUGGAGGAAACAGUUUCUCACAUCGAUGAAGAAAACAAAAACGAGAAAGCAAGCAAAGAUAAUCCUCACGUUUUCCAGGUUAGUAUUGAUUUCAUUCUUACUGCCAUACAACGUUUAUUUUACUCGUUUAAUUGAGAAUUUGAUCAUGGACACUAGUCUGUCCUCAGUGCUUACCACAAAUAACCUUAUGCAGUAUGAAUAUUCAUUCAAUCUGACAUGUAAAUAAUUCCCAGGCUCUUCAGUACCUGCGCAAGCUAUGCAACCACCCGCUUUUGGUGCUCACUGCCAAUCAUCCAGAAUACACCAAAGUUAUGGACCAAUUACAUCAACAACAUGUCUCCAUCCGGGAUAUUCAGCAUGCCGCCAAACUUGUUGCUCUCAAGUAAGUCAGGUUAUUUGUUAGUGUAACUUCAAGGCAUUGUGCGGUUACCAUAACAAUUAUAUUUUAACGGAUUGCUUACGGAUAGACUUUGAACUUUUGCAAGCACUCUUUUUAGACUGGCACGCCUAGAGUACCAUUGAUUUCUGAGUUCCUUAAAAAUGGCGGUUUCUUACUGGAAUGAAAUUCAUAAAAUCCCUCACCUAAUGUAAGGUCUUCUCUGUUUUCAUCCUUUCCUUGUAACCAGUUUAUAAAAACUACUGCGCAUUCUGUCACCCUGAUAGCAGCAUACUUUGCUUAGAGGUGAAAAAUGAAGUCAUUUUUUCCUAUCAAGAAUAUUCCCUCGUCAUAACAUAUGUUGGCGUUUAGGCGUUUGACCUUUAGCUGUUUGUGAAAAUAGUUUUGUUGGAUGUUCGCCUCAGGUUACUAUAGUUGAACUAAUUCUCUCUUUCUGUCUACAAAUUGAUCAACAGGCAGCUGCUGAUGGAUUGUGGGAUAGGAGUUAGCUCCUCAUCCUCAGGCUCCAGUGAUCUGUCUUCAGACCCUGUAGUGUCCCAACACCGGGUGCUGUUGUUCUGUCAGUUAAAGAGCAUGUUAGACAUCGUUGAAAAUGAUCUUCUUAAGUAAGAGCAAUCUUUUUGUUUUUUGUUUAAAUUGUUUUUUUUCGCCAUGCUGACUGAUAUUGCUGCAUUCGUCUUUGGUUUUUCCAUAUGACAAUUAACCAGAACAAGACUCUAUGUGUACUUGUUCGUGGGUAGUACCGUUACGUCUCAUGUUGUCGCUGUGGUGAUCGAACACGUUUAAAACAGUUUAUCUUUGUACGACGUGUUGCAAGGACAAAGUAUCAUUUUAUCAAACCUUCCUCAUUUAAUACGAAGUGAAUUGUCGGAGUGGCUGGUAAACCUUCUCAUUAAUAUUCAGCCUUUGGGGGUGGAAAGAUGUAAAGGUUUGAAACUUAGCCUGCUUCUUAUAUUCAGUUUGCUUUAUUCACGCAGAAAACAUAUGCCUACAGUGACAUACCUCAGACUAGAUGGAAGUACGCCUGCGGGCUCGCGUCACUCGCUCGUACAAAGGUGAGAAUUCUUUCAUUUGAGAUUUUUCGGUUCCGGUUAUUGGCCAUGGUCCAAUAUCUCGCGGAACAAAGGGAGGAAACGAUGGUCUGGUAUCCAAACAAUAUUACAAGACAACCUACAACAUAUAACCUAUACACACAAUUCCCGUAUUUGGUGCACGCCUUCCCCUAGAUAUCGUCUCGACAUUAGCAUACGUAAUUAAUCGUCACAACUAUAUGACAAGUACAUGACAUUUUCACAAGUAUGCCAUACCUAGACUGCUAUGCUACAGAUGGCUUCUCCACGAACAAAUCAUUGCCAGGUUUCUGUGAUGCACCCUGAAUGGGCCGACUGGUAACGAUUUACUGCUUUCAGCGCAUUUUUGGGAUAAUAAACGCGACGUUUAACAGAUUUUCUGUUACUUAGAGACUUAUUUUAUCCUAAGAUUUAACAACGAUCCUUCAAUCGACAUUCUAUUGUUGACGACACAUGUUGGAGGACUGGGAUUGAAUUUGACUGGUGCCGAUACGGUCAUCUUUGUGGAGCACGACUGGAACCCAAUGAAGGACCUACAAGUACGUAACUACCAACCUUUUGAACCUGUCCCCUCCCCCCUGUAUAUUCCGAUUUUCACCAACUUUGCUCAAGUUUUGUUUUUGGUAGAUGCGAUCAGUUGCCUUUUCUUGAUUGCUUCGAUCAUCUUUCUAGGCCAUGGACCGAGCUCAUCGUAUUGGACAGAAGAAGGUUGUAAACGUGUACAGAUUGAUUACACGGGGAACACUCGAGGAAAAGAUUAUGGGGUAGGUUUUAAAGCAGCACUAUUUGAAUCAUACAGCACAGUGCAAAUAGUUUUUUUUUACGUUACACUCUCGACGAGAAGCCUCCUUCUUUAAGCCAUUUAGAUAUCCUGAGAUAGGACUAACAUUAACGCUCGUUAAGUUUUUUCCGAAAGCGGGUGACGCUUGAAAAGUUAGCUUCUCAAACGUUUUUCCACUUUUUUUUUUAAUGUAAGUGUCUCACUUGCCCAUUGACGCAGCGGUAAAAGUUUAUUUAUGAAGGAAUAACGCUUAAUACACAAUUAUUCCACGAGCGCCCGUUGGAUAUGAGAUGACGGGCCUCGUCGGCGAUAAUCAUCUCAUAUCUAACAAGGGCGAGUAGAUUGACCGUUUUAUCAAAAAUGGUUUAAAUUAUAGAUAAAUAUUCCAAACUUCAUUUUGUAAGAAAAACGGAAUGUUACAAUGUAUAAAAACACUUCCGAUUUCACUCGUCUUCAUGCGCGCGCGUGAUGACUCAUAACUCAUGAUGGCUAAGCCAAUGAAAACUCUUAAAUUGCAUUAUCCAGCGAUCCAGUUUUUAAUAACAACUUGCAGUCAGCUUUCCAAUUUCCCCAAGGUGGAUAGAACAGUCAACACCUCUUUCGCGUCUUCCUUUGUUCUCAAACUUAUGAAAGACAUUCUCAUUGUCCGCUCGUUUCUAAACCUAAUUGUCAAGUGAUAACAUACUAUACAAUUAGAUAUUUUAUAAAUUGAGUCUUCAAGUCGGACAUUUUUUUUCUGUUAGACUCCAGAAGUUUAAACUGAACAUCGCCAACACAGUGAUCUCGCAAGACAACUCAAGCCUAUUGACCAUGGAUACUGGACAACUCCUGGAUCUCUUUUCAGUCGACCAAGAAAAGAGGAGAGAAAAACCAAGCGCACAACAGUCGAAUGCGACUGGGAAGACUUCGCUCAAAACUAUGAUUGAAAAUUUGGGAGAACUAUGGGACGAGGAACAGUAUGAAACAGAAUACAAUUUAGACAACUUCAUUGGUUCGCUGAAGUAAAAAAUAGUAUGCGUCAUUUUGGGAUAGAUGAUUGUCAGUUUAACAACCUGGCCUUAUGUCUGUAUUGGUAGAGGCGAAGUUGUUCUGGUCAUUGAAGUUUACCUUGGAGCAGCCAUAAAGAUUCAAAAAGGAGAAUCGAGGUUAAUCGAAAGGUUAAACACCUUCUUGGGUCGUUGCCCCACAUUUUGUGAUAGGAAGUUGGAAAUUCAAACAUUGCUCAGGAAGUUUCUUCAACAGUUUAUGAAGUGACAAAGAAAACAAAUAAGGAAACAGACAACCAAAACAAAUUUUGAUUUGACAUUCUCAAAUUAAAAAUGCCUCAGAAAAUUGACGAUGAUGUAAACAUUUUGGAAGUAAUAGGCUGGAUUUCAUAAAGUUAGCUCGCGUUUGCAUAUUAGUAAAAUAACAAGAACACAUUCAGAGUAAUUUGAACGUAGCAAGCGUAUAUUCGGGCGUUGGACGUCGCGCUCCAGGAAAGACACUGUCCUUUGUUUGUGAUUCAGAUCAAAUUCCCGCUUACGAAACGAAACAUUUUUGGUGAUGUCAAUUAGGCAUGUGGUGGAAUAAAGGUUUUCACUUUGUUAUAGUUGUAUUGUUUUGUUCCUUUUUUCCGUUAUGUCAAAGCUAGAAUUAUCGAUAGACCGGUCAUCACAGUUUACCUGAAUAGCGAACAAAAUCAAGAACUUUUUUUUGUGAUUAGUACCCGAAGUAUCCGUUUGAAUCUUCAGUAAGAAUGGCUACAAUCUAAGCAUUUGGAUGUGAAGUUCAAAAACUCCUACUCAAUUAGGAAUAAAGACUCGAUGAAUCCCAGUUAAACGAUGACUAGACCCAGGCAGGGUGGGGAACUGUUUGUGGAACUGUGGGGAACAGAAGGUUAAGGGAGGAUUUUGGAAUGUGUUCCAAUUAACGAACGAAUUUAACGAAUCUAAGCAGUCCAAGUCAAAGUUUACUCGAAGGUCACCAAGCGUAAAAUAAGGUGGGAAAUAUUUAGAACGGUCGUGAAAAUAACACAAAAACAAAAACUUCAAGAAGACCGAAUCCUGACUCGGCGCAUUACGCUCUCUCUGUGAUGCAAAUAGACUUGAACUCUUUUAAAAUUGUAAAUAAAGGGUUAAAUUACAGUCGUGAUCAAAUAAUUUUCGAGGGGAGACAAAAAGACAGAUAUCAUCAAGGUUAUUUCCCUCACUUCAUCCCUCCCCCCCUCCGAUUUCUCUGGCCCUUAACCGGUUAUUAUAGGCAAUAUUUGCGAUUGCACAAAAUGCUUUCUUGCGCUGUCUUAUGACUGAGAGAUGUGAAACCCUUACUACUCCGGUAACAGCAAAAAAAAUGCAAGCGGCCGAGCCACCAAGAUAUGCCACGAAAUAAACAUGACUAAGAGGAAAACAGAGUUUGGCAUGUACAUUAUUAACAGAUAAUCACGUUUUUUCUCGUACAAUUU